GGGCGUGGCCCAGCAGAGGUGGCGGGAUCGGGCUGAGUCGGCGGGCAGUGCCAGACCCGGGUGUAUGGAGAGAGCGGGCUGAAGCGGGAAUUCGGGCAGAUAUUAAUUUAUUGAGAUAUUUUAGAGGUUUUAGACAUGGGUUUUGUUGAAAAUAGGAUAUCCAGAAACAGCGUCAUGCAUUUCAGCCGUCAGCUCUGAAGCUGUCCAACGGGUUCAUCCUACCGGAGGGCAAGCUGACCCCCAACACACUGUUCGUUGGGGGAAUCGACAUGAAGGUGGAGGAAAAUGAGAUCCGGGACUUCUUUGCUCGAUACGGUGCGGUGAAGGAGGUCAAAAUCAUCACCUAUCGUGGGGGCAUCUGCAAAGGGUACGGUUUUGUUUACUUCAGCGAGGAUGUUGACAUCCAGACGAUCGUUGAACAACAGAUCUCUUUUAAAGGGAAGAAACUCAAACUGGGCCCUGCCAUCAUGAAGGAGCGGAGUUCUCGUUCUCUCCAGUCCCCUCUGAUUGGUCCCUCUCAGUGGGUGUGCCCCUCCCCCUGCAUAUACUGUACUUGCUCCAGUCCUGGCAUGGCCCCUCCCUCGCCCGUUUACAGUGGAGGUAGUCAGUAUCUACAGCCCUAUUCUUACUCCAGCUUUCCAGGAGUGAUGAUCCCACAGGUCCCAGUGAACUACACACAGUCAGCCUACACUUACCCGUAUCCCAUACCGCAGUGGUGUGGUGACCAGAGGACAAGACUUUUCAAUCAGAACUAUGUGGACUGUGGGGUUCAGACCUUACUGACUCUCCUAUAAUCCAUUACCAUUCCAGGUGUGGACUGUUUUUUUUUCUGGGUCAAGACCCAUUGAGCCAGAGGUGGACAUUGUGAUGGAAAUGGCAGGAAUUUGUGAGAGAAAACAAGAUUCUCAGGAUUCUACCUCUGGUGUGCCUUCAGUGUGUGUGGACGCGUGUGUUUUCAGACUCAAAAAAAGGACAAAAUUAAAUUAAACCUCAGGCUGGACGAUGUGGCCGUUGGACAGCAGGUCAGCCAGAAUUAUGGUCAUGUGGUCACACUUCUAACCAAAGGCUGCCUACAGCGUUGAGGAGGUACACGAGCUCUUCUGCUCUGAAACACACUUUACACACACUGCUCUUCACCCUUUUCGUCAGUUUAUUUGUACUGUGUGUUUUUGUUUGUCGUACCAAACCUUUAAAACACUUUUAAGCUCACAGGUAUGUAUAUAUAGUUUACGUUGACAGCUGUAUGUGGGGGCUUAUUUGGCUUAUUUUGGGUUUGGUGCACCUCUGUCGCUCUCUGAAUGUGCGUUGAUGUUGAGGAGAGGCGACGGUUCUCGAGGCUUCUGUUAACUGUUCAGGAAAUUCAGUUUAAUUCAGUUCAGUUCACUUUAAUCAAUUUCUUGUGCAUAUUCAUUCAGGCAGGCAGCAUUGUCUUAUCGAUUUACUUCUAACCUCACAACAUUGUACACUUGAUAUUUUUUUUUUUUAUGCAGGUAUGUAUUUAUUAAUUACUUAAUUUAUUAAUUUUAUUUGGUCAUUGACCACAAUUACUCCUGUCACAUUUUGAGUAUUUUCUUAUUUUCUCAAUUGUUUGUGAGAGCAAGGGAAAAAAAGAGAGUGGCACGUUGGGUUUGUGUGAAUGUUUUGUUUCACUGAGUAAUGGAAUAGGGUUGCUUCAAGUUGAAUCACAUUUUGAGGUUUUGUUUGAUUGAUUGGUGUGGGAAGGGUUGUGGUGGCGUUCGUUGGUGGAAGAUUUAUUUUUUAUUUUAUUUAAGUGCACUGCAUGCAUUUCCCAAAGUUUUUUUAUUAUUAUUAUUUAUUUGGUUCAUGUAAAAAAAAAUAAUAAUGUCACAGAUUUGGUCAUUUUUGGGGAUUUUUUUUUUUUAUUUUUUUUAAUGUUCAGGUUUGGCCUUCUCAUUGAUUUAUUUUCUCACAAGUGUUGAUUGGUAUGUUGUUAUUUAACAGUUUCAGUACCAAAUCAAACACCAUAAAGUAUUAGGUAUGGCAUUUGCUAGAUUACUUUUUUGCAUCUCCCAUGGCCUCAUGGGAACUGUUGUUUCUGCUCUGGUCGAUGGCAUUAGUCGAUCAUUGUGGUUUCGGUUCAGAUGUAAGCUGGUUAAACGUGUUAAAAGGUUUGGCGUCUUGUCUUGUUAAAAAAAAAUAAAGUUAAAGUUAAAUAAAGUAAGUAAAUUAAAUGUU